AUGGAUAAAUGCGGCUUCGACUUUAUAGAGCUGACAGGAGGAUCACUUUCCAAAUUAUUCAAACUCAAAGACGAAAGCGCUAAUAAACGUGAAGCCUACUUUGCUGAAUUUGCAUUGAAGACUCGUUCUGUGGUCAAAAAUACCGUACUAUAUGUGACUGGGGGAUUCCGUACAGCAAAAGUCAUGGUAGAUUGCAUAAAAAACAGUUUUACUGAUGGCAUUGGAUUAGGAAGGCCAACCACAGCUGAGCCAGGUUCGCAAACUUGCUUGUGGCGUUACGCUUCUCACUUGCAAUGA